UCCUGUCGUCCAGUUAGUCGUCAUGGAAGAUACAACUCAUCUGGUCCCUCAAGCAUGCAGUAUGGGGCAGACGUUAGCGCUUACGGAAAUGUAGACUACACUCCCUCUGAUGAAAUGUACACAGAAAACCAACCAGCUAGAACUGAGAGACCAAAAACAGGUCAUGGUCGACGGAGCGCCCGUCAAGAAAUGCCAGCCAGGCCGAUGUCGAGGCGAGCAAGGCCAGAUACAAACACAGAAGAAUCAGUGGGUCGACCGAUAUCCAGGGCGGGAUUUUCUCCAGAUUCUGCAUACAGGUACUCCCAUGAUGAAUAUUCCCGGCAAAUUUCCUCCGAUUCUGAAAAGCAGAUACCCAACUCACCCUGUGAGUCUCCAGAGAUCUUGUACCGAGACGAUGAAUACUUCAACAACCAGAAAGCCCUGUAUGGACACAAUCAGGAGGGCCACUCUCCAGUUGACAGGCUGAUUGUCAGUCCCUCAGCGCCCUCAGAUUUGAUGAAGAAGAGCUCGAAGAAGGCGAGGAAGAGCCCACAUGUGUACAGCAGUCGAAGUCCCCAGGGAUACAGCCAGAGUCCCCAAAACUAUGGUCAAAGUCCUCGAGCAUACAAACAGAGCCCCCAACAUGAGCAGCCGAUGCAUCGACCGUCUUCUCGAGAAUACAUGAGCGUCAGUCCUCUACAUCGAGACGAGGCUCAACUGAAUGACAAUGACAUCCAUCAUCAGCAGCCCAGAUCUCGCCACCCCUCCCAGUCAGACAAUAUGGAGAUGCAGGAGGGGGACACUUACCAACAGAGCUUCUCAGCAAGUCCCCAAUACAGGGACAACCCCUACCAGGAGAACCAAUAUCACCACCAUGAAAGCCCCAUGCAAGCCAGAAACAGCCCAUACCAGGAAGGCUCAUAUUACCACCAUGACAGCCCCGUGCAAGCCAGGGACAGCCCUUACUAUGGCAGCAGCCCAGGUCAGCACCAGGGUCAUGGUCACAGUCAUGGUUACUCAGGGUCACCUGAGGGUCACUCUAGACCUCCACCAGCUCCACGACCCAAAUCUGCUCGUCCAAAGACAGGCAGGAGGAAAAGUGCUAGAGCUCGUCAACACCACCAUGCCCGAUAUGAAGAUCAGGAGACAUCCCCUCCCCAGCAGUGUGACACUUCCCAUAUCCUGAAUGCAGGUGAUCCAUAUGGGCGGCCUGCUUCGUCCUUGUCUCCGUACAGGCCCCUUCCAGCUAUAGGGGUUGUGACCCCUAGAGAUGAUCCUGCAGACAAUGACCAUGGUCACAUGACACCUGAGUCUAAAAAUAGAUCCAGCCACCAUGUUGGAUCUGAACAUGUGACUGUUACAAACCAGAAACUCAGUGAAAUGAACACUGACAACUACAGCUAUCACCCUGCUGAUCAGAAUGAGGAUGUCUUCUCAGCUGAAGACAUCCACGGUGCUGAAAACGACGCUCUUGGGCCGAUUACAGACCAGGGUAUACCUGGUGUAGACAUGCUGUCAAACUUACCACAGCAUUUAUCUGAGGAAAUAUAUCAGUCAAGUCUUGCAAACUAUGAAACAAACAUAGGUGACAUUGGGGGUGUAAGUGAGGAGGAGAGGAGUAACAGUGAGAUUAUUAAAGGGGGUGAAGUGAGUGUUAGAACUGCAGCGGACAACUUUGAACACUUGUCAAUGUCUGUAAUGAAGCCUCUGGACUUUCUUCAUGAAAUUCCUGAUGAGCCAUCAAGUGACGAGCCUCGUCUUCUGCUUGCUGUAAAGUUGCCUGAUGGGAAACGUAUACAGAGACAUUUCCGACCCAACGAAACCCUCGAUACUGUGAUAAAGUUUGCGGAGAAUACAAAUCUCGUGAAAUACGAAGACAUGCAGUUGAUUUGUAAUGCUACCCACACACAGUUUUCUGACCCAAGCGUGAGGAUUUCAGAUACACAUAUUAAAGACAGAACUGUGUUAUACCUUCAGGAAAAAGAAUAGUACUAGUGAUAUACUUGUAUAAUUAUAAAUAUAUGGACAACGUAUAAAUUGAUGAUUGAGAAUUGUGGAAUAACUAUCGUUUGAACCCAGGCCCCAAUAUCACGAAAAUAUUUAACUCAAAUCUCAAACUCAAUCUCAACUCAUUUUACCAUAUAAACAAAAUUUAUUGGAAAACAAAAAUGUUUUUAAUUUUUUUUAAAACGCAUUCUUUCAUUGAAUAUGUUGAUCAAAACGUUUGGUCUAGAUUCCAUUCGAAAACUUUUUUAUAACCAAAAAUGUAUUACUCCAGUAUAUUUUUUGCUUUAGAAUAAGAAUUCUUUGAAAUAUUGUCAAAAUCUUUCAAUAACACAUUCUAUGAGAAAAUAGGUGUACAAAAAGUAUGAGAACAUGCAGGAUUUUGAAUAAUACGAUGCUUGUAUACAUGUGGUAAAAUGAAGAUAGAGAUUGUGAUAUGACUUAAGUAUAUUCGUGAUAUUGGGACCUGCUGGUCACAUUGUCUCGGAAUUGAUUACUGCCAUAUGGCUGUAUUCUGUGAAAUAGAAAUGUAUAAAAGAACAUAGGUAUUUAUUAUAUUUUUUCUGGUAUUUUACUAAAACAUAACUUUUAUACCUAUUAACUUUAUAAGUUACAGAGACAUUGUUCACCGUAUAAUACAUGGUUAUUUAUUAUUAAUGAGGCAUUACUGAUACUAUGAAUUUCUACUUUUGAUACAAUCGAUCAUCAGUCAAAAUGGCUUGUUUGAUAUUUUCUGAUUAUCAAUUAUGAUUUUGGAACAAUUGUUCCAUCCCUCCUGUGGAUGUAUAAAGACGCAGUGCAUUUUGCUGUCGAUAUACAUUCUGUACAAAGUCAAAGACAACGGAUUGUUUGUUGUUACCUGUGGUAGUAUAAUACUGAAGCAUAUCGAAAAGGAAUAGAAUUAUAGUGAAUACUGUUUUCACUAUAAUUCUUAUCUUUUCCGAUUUUCUUUAGUGAUUCCAUUCAGUCUAUUGGCUAGUUUUAUUUACUGUCCAAUCAAAACACUCAGAUUCUACUCUUAAAGUUAGAUCUAAGUCAGUUUAUAUUGAAUACAGCCCUUGACCAUCUCAGCAAGAAAGCAUCGUCUCAAACAUGUUCGACCACUUGUGUAAGCCAAAUAAAAAAAUAGCUUUAAUGUCAUAAAGUCAUUGCUAAAUAUUACAAAUAGUGUAAUUGAAAAAAGCUUGAUAAAAUAGUAAAUUGUUAUAAUAUGUUCAUCAAUUAAUGUAAACAAGUUCCUACUGUACUUGUUUUUUCAAUUUUUGUCAUGAAUAAUCUGUCUCCUACUAUUUUGUCAGUCAAGCUGCUAUUUUUCCCUAUUGUUCAAUGGAACAAUGCUAGAAAGCCUGUAAAUGAUGCACUGAAUCAUAGUUUUAUCCAUUAGUAAAGCAGUAGAGUAGCAAACACUAGGUUGAGCACAGAAACAGUUUGUAUUGACAUGCCUGUUUUCAUUGUCGGAGUGAGAUGCUAUGAAACAUUUGUCAGACAAAUUUUAUCUGCAUCAUAGUGCUUUAAAUCAGAGUAUAAAUCAGGUGUAUUUCAGCAUUGUCGGCAACCACGAUUCUUUCAUCCAUUACACUCCAUGAUAAAUAAAGUGUGAAAAUUGACCAACAAAAUCUCCUUUUAAUGAAUAUGUAUGGGGCAGGGGAGACAACUCUUCUUCCUAAGAAAUCGCAUGUGAUUUAACAAACAAAAAUCAAUAAUUUUGAAUUGUUUUUUUUUUUACUUCUUUGGAAAAAGAAUUGACACUAAAGGGCGCCCAUUAAAGGUAGCUCUUGAUGUAAAAUAUUUCAAGAAAUGCAUGGUCUACGGGGAACAGGCUAGAUUCGUGGAGACAUUGUAGAACUGUUGACUGCAAAUGUGCUAGAAUAUUAAAGUCAUCAUUGAACUGUUGACUUCGAAAGUGCUAGAUUCUUCAAAACGUUGUUUAACUGUUGACUGGGAAUGUGCUAGAUUAAUACAGUCAUUAUUCAACUGUUACUGGGAAUGAGCUAGAUUCUUAUAGACAUUGUCUAACUGUUGACUGGGUAUAUGUUAUAUAUUGAAUUUAAGACUUGUUUGUUUCAAGGUACUUAAAUUAGUUAUAUAUAUAUAUAUAAUUUAUAUGUAUGCAUGCAUCAACUAGACUAAAUAUGCUGUGUCUAAUAGCAUUGUGCAUUUCGUACCAUAUUUUUAUUCAAUAAUUUUCUUAAUCCAGAGUUCUUAAGGAAUUCUAUUCAAAGCGUAGAUUCCCAUAGUUACAGCCUGUGCUCUUCGUGAGGUAAAUAAAGUAUCCUCUCAUAAUUAUGACCGUCCCAUUUUUUGCAUAUUUCUAAAGUAAUCCAUGAUGACACUUUAAAUUGUUUCUUAUGUAAUUCCACAAUAAGAAAAAAUCUCCAACUCCUUUAUGGUUUUAGAACAUAUUUGUGGAGAACUUAUUAUAAAUGUCAAAUAAGAUCAUAUAAUGAUUGGGAAAAAAAUGUUAAUGUAGUUUUUGAAUCUACUUAGUAUAGGUAUUUUUUAUAUAUAGAAGUUUUUUUAUUAUAUAUUUUAUUACAUAUUAUAUUCUGUAAUUAUCAUCAUGAUCAUAUAAACAAUAAUAUAUAAUUAUGUAUUUAUUUUGCCAAAUCUUUUUCAGGGCUUUAAUAUUCAGUCACUUAAAUUGCCAUACAAUUGUAGUCCUAUUAGUGUAUAUUUAUAAUUGUUGUUAUAAUAUUCUUAUUGAGCAAAUGAUUCAUAAUUCAUACUGCAAACCUAUGGGCUCUGUGUGUCCCUUAAUAUUUAUAGACGUUUGAUUGUUUUAUAAUGAAAGGUUCCAGAAAUCUAUUUGGAAUAUGUCAAUUUUAAAAAUAUAAAUGUUCUGAAAUAUCUUUUAAUAGAUGCUAUUACACUGGUAAUUCAUGAGGUAAUUCAAUAUGAUUAUUCAAUUUUACCAAAAAAAAAUGAAAACGAAAAUGUCCUGUCAAAAAUAUAAAUGCAUUUUGAUGAUGGCAUUGAAAGCCAAAACCUCUAUUUCUUAAAUACAGUCAAACCCUGUUGGCUCCAACUUGCUUGGAUCGAUUUCCUUGUUAGCUCUAAAUUGAGGUAUGGGACUGAUUUCUUUAUACAUAAGGUUAGAAUUCCCGCUUGGAUCCAAUUUCUCGAGGCUUGAUGUAUUUUUGCCGGUCCCUGGGAGUUCGAGCCAACAUGCUCCGACUGUAUGCAUAUUUUGAUUUGCACUAGAAGAAUAUACAUGUAGAAGAAUGUUUUAACAUUGUUAAAGAGGUAUUUGUUUAUAUUUCCUUACAUUGCCAAUGCAUAACUGUGCUUUUGUUAUUGCUUUUUUAAGAAACCUUUUUUUUUUGAGAAAAUGGAGUUGAAGAUUUACAUUUAAAUGAAACAAUAUGGCCUCAUCUAUAAGAUACUGAAGCCAAGGUUUUAACCUUGAUAUUGAUCUUUUACCAAAAAAAGCUUUUUUUGAUAUGUGUUCAAAACUUGAUGAUAUUUAUCUGGACUUGAUACUGUUUCAAUGGUUAACACAUGUACUUUUUUCUUUCUUUCUUUUAUAUAAGAUAGAAUCUCCUGUAUUCCUUCAGGUCUUUUUUAAUCGCUUGUUUAAAUGUGUAUUGAAAGCCAAUUUUUUCCAUGCUUUGUCAUUAAAGAGAAUUCGCUUGUCAGUUUUCAUGUCUUAUUGUUUAUCAUUAUAUAUUAUAAAUGUUGUAUUAUAAUUAUGAAUGAUUUUUUUCUUCUAAAUCUGAAUGUUGUAUAUUACAGUAACAGCUUAUUACCGUAAUAUCAUCUAUGAGCACUACAGCACUAAUUUAAAUGAUGAACGUAGUGGGUGAUAAAAGGUUUUGUACCAUGUUGUCAACAACAAUAUUUAAUAACGGAUUAAGAUUUAUCUGCAUGCUAGUUAUUGAACAGUUAAGCUCUGCCAAUAUAUCAAAGGGAGGUAAUAAAAUAAUUUUUACUAUGAUAUAUAGCAAUUUUAUAUAUUUGUUAACUUAAAGGGCAUACUUUUUUAUGUCUUAGAAUAUAAAAAAACGCUGUCUCUGAUUUUUUUAAGAUAUUCAAACUAAACAUUUUGUAACAUUAAACUGAUAUUUUACCAAUAGCAAUUUUUGGUUUAAAUGUUGGAUUGAUCACCUUAAAGUGCACUCUCACAGAUUGAACUUUUUGACAACUUUUUUGUUUUUUGUCCUGGAACGAGCCAAUUUUUGCGAAAAUCCAUGGAAACCAGCUAAAUAAGACCACUGACAAAAAUUAGAUAGCAGAUUUUUGUAUUUCAGUUCAAAAAUUGAUGUUUUAUGCCAUAAAACAUUAACUUUCGAACGAAAAUAUGAAAAUAUACAUGUACAGUCUGAUUUUUUGUCAGCAAUCUUAUAUCAUUGGUUUGCAGAUAUUUACGCAAAAAAUGCUCUUUUCAAGACAAAAAAUAAAAAUGUUGCAUAAAUGGUAAAUUUGUAAGAGUGCAGCUUUAAGUUAUUUUGUUAAAUAUAUACCAUUGAGGAUGCCAAAAUCUGCCCGCUGUAAAAUUGAACCAUAAGAAAUUUCGUUGUGGUUCAUUUAUCAUCAUAAAAUAAGAAAAAAGUAAAAAAUAUGACACCAACAUUCAUAUUUAAUUUGAUAAUGGCAUUUAGCUGAGUGCCAUAAAAUGUUUAUUAUAUGCUUAUGUUUUACCUUUUAUUUCUUUGUAAUAAACGUGAACACAUAGAAAUUAUGUAUAUAAUAAUGUAUUAGUAUGUUCCUUGUUGAAGUUUUGAUUCUUAGGUAUGUUUUGUAAACUGCUGGGAUGUUGGACAAAUCUUUUGUUUUUAGUCUGGGAAUAAUCAUAGUGUUGGGGUUGUUGUUGGUAGCAUCGCUGGUGUUGUUGAGCAUAAUUUUAAAACUUGGCCAUACCUCAAAAACAAUUUUAGGUAUUCGAAUGAAAUUUGGUACAAAUGUUUCUAGAGACUAUAUGCAGAUGUAUAACAAGGCCCACAACUCUGACAACAAUGAUUGUUGAAUUCUGCCCCUUGUUCUGGAAAAGAACAACAGUCAAGCAUGGCGUUCCUUCAGCCGUGUUCUCCUUAGUGUAUAUGAUAGUCAUUAUAGGGGAGGUAUAUUGUAUCAAAUGUUUUUUCAAGUAAUUUACAAAAAUGCACUAGCAUAUAAACAACUUAUGGUAUAUAUAUGUAUAUCUGUUUGAACAUAGAUUUGAUCAAUAUAAAUAUUGUAUUAUUUUACAAGUUAUGUAUACUAAGUAAGUCAGUAUGCUAGCUUCAACAGUCAUACCAAAUUAUAUAUAAUAUGUAGAAGUUUUUUGUGUUUACUUGUUUCCAUAUUUCAUUAUUAAGCAGGAUAGUAUAAUUUUUGUUAGACAGUUUAUCUUGUUCUUUGUAUGUCAUCAUAAUAUUAGAACUGUUUAUAUAAGACCAAAAGAAAGUUAUUUGUUUCCACUUACAUCUAAAAUAAAAGGGUAGGUAGGUAUUUUUUCCACUAUCAACUGGGAAUAUGUACCAAAACAACCUAUAUCAGGGUAUAUCACUAAUAGAAGACAAUUUGAAUUAUCAAAUGGUAAAAUUUUAACAUGUCCACUUAAAAAAUGCACUUUUAUUAGUAAAUUAUUUUUUUCAGAACUCACAUUAUGUGUAAUUAAUGGCAAAAACAGUGUUGGGUCAGGAGGCAAAAAAAGGUCCAGAUUAGUGAAAACAAAUAUUUUUUUGUUAUGAUUGACUAAAGCAGACCACAUAUGGACCUUCAUGGGACUCAGUCAUUUUUUAUUGGGUAGUCAUUGGAAAAAAUCAUUUAAAUGCUUGUUUCAAUACGAUAAAACAUCAAAUUAGAGCUCUAUUAUAGAUAGUUAUCCAGUUAAAAAGAAAAUGCUUUAUUUUGCUGAAAAGGUAAACGUUAUUGAAGAUUUAAUAAUGUUAACCUUCGAUUUUCAAAAUUCUGUUCAAAUUAAUUUCUGUCAGUUGCUCUCUGGUGAUUGUUGAUAAAAAUGAAUGAAACAACUCACUUUUAACACUUUUUAACAAAAAUGGUGCCAGCAUAACAUCUGUGAGGGAGUCCCAUGUCAAACACUGUUAUCUCGAUGUUCCGGUUAUUUCGAAUAUUUUUGAUUAAGCUAGACUUGAUUUAUAUAUGGGUUAUAUCAAAAGUUCUUUAACUCGGUAUUUCCGAAGGCUUAUGACUUUGACAUUUGGAGUUUUUGUUGUAUAUUUGAAAAAAGUAGUCUGCUGCUCCAUUCUAAGCGUAACGUUACCCCUUGUUUGAAGAAAGCCUGCGAAACUGUAGCAGGACUAUAUUUAGGUAGUUACUACAGGCGACCCUCCAUUUGUAAACAAAAUUUCAAAAAGUUAAAUGAAGAAACAAAAUUAAAUUAAAUUAAUAUAUGUAUAUAUAUAUAUAUAUAUAUAUAUAUAUAUAAUUAGUUUUAUAAUAUAAUUAUAAUCUCAUGAGAUUUCAUAUACAUUCCAUUUUAUUUAUUUAUGUAUUUUACUCUCUUAUCCCUGCAGUGUAGUUUUAUGCAGUCAUGUUUAUUUUAACUAUUAUACUGUAACUGUGAUAUUUGCCAUUUUGAAUGCCAUGUGUUAGUAGAAUUCAGAAAACAAUAAAAGCUUGAAGUAGA